UCUCUUUAUCUAUAUAUACAGUAGCCAGGAGCAGUCUCAAAGCUCUAUCUUGUUCCUCUGGAUUUAUGUCCCUCUCUGUUCAUUAGUACCGUUUAGAGAUCUAGUUGUUGUUCCUUCUUUGUAUUCAUCUUCUUUUUCCUCGUGCCUUUGACGUGAAAAAGAUUAGAAAGAAACAGCUAGAAUGCCUGCUGUCGGUGGAGUUCCUGCGGGUGGUGUACCCGGCAAAGCGUACCCGGGAAACCUCACUCCCUUUGUGACUGUAACAUGUAUUGUUGCAGCCAUGGGGGGUUUGAUUUUCGGUUAUGAUAUUGGAAUUUCGGGUGGAGUCACGUCCAUGGACCCUUUCUUGAAGAAGUUCUUCCCGUCGGUGUACCGAAAGAAGAAUGAGGAUAAGUCCACCAACCAGUACUGCCAAUACGACAGCGAGACGCUCACCAUGUUCACGUCGUCUCUGUAUUUGGCUGCUCUGCUUUCGUCGAUCGUGGCGUCCUCCGUGACACGUAAAUUCGGACGCAAGUUGUCCAUGCUGUUCGGAGGCGUGCUCUUUUGCGCCGGAGCUAUUCUCAAUGGCUUUGCCAAAGCCGUCUGGAUGCUUAUCGUCGGCCGUAUUCUACUCGGGUUCGGUAUUGGGUUUGCCAAUCAGUCGGUGCCCCUCUACCUUUCUGAGAUGGCUCCCUACAAGUACAGAGGAGCUCUGAACAUUGGCUUCCAAUUAUCAAUCACAAUUGGUAUCCUUGUUGCCAAUGUGUUGAAUUACUUCUUUGCCAAGAUCAAGGGUGGCUGGGGAUGGCGCUUGAGCUUGGGUGGGGCCAUGGUUCCUGCCCUCAUUAUCACUGUUGGAUCAUUGGUCCUUCCUGAUACCCCCAACUCCAUGAUUGAACGUGGCCAACAUGACGAGGCCAAAGAGAAACUCAAGAGAAUUAGGGGUGUUGAUGAUGUUGAGGAAGAGUUCAGUGAUCUUGUUGCUGCUAGUGAAGCAUCACAGCUAGUGGAAAACCCCUGGAGAAACUUGUUACAAAGAAAAUACAGACCCCACCUCUCUAUGGCCAUUCUGAUUCCUUUCUUCCAGCAACUAACUGGGAUCAAUGUGAUCAUGUUCUAUGCACCUGUUUUGUUUAACACCAUCGGUUUUGGAAGCAAUGCUUCCCUCAUGUCGGCGGUGAUUACUGGAAUUGUUAAUGUUGGUGCAACCAUGGUGUCCAUUUAUGGUGUUGAUAAAUGGGGAAGGAGGUUCCUUUUCCUUGAGGGCGGGACUCAAAUGCUCAUAUGCCAGGCUGUUGUUACAGCUGCUAUUGGUGCUAAAUUUGGAGUAGAUGGGAAUCCCGGGGAUCUGCCCAAGUGGUAUGCCAUUGUUGUGGUGCUUUUCAUAUGCAUCUAUGUUGCGGGAUUUGCAUGGUCUUGGGGUCCUCUAGGAUGGUUGGUGCCUAGUGAAAUCUUCCCACUCGAAAUCCGAUCUGCAGCUCAGAGUGUGAACGUGUGCGUGAAUAUGUUAUUCACAUUUGCAGUAGCUCAAGCGUUCUUAGCAAUGCUGUGCCACAUGAAGUUCGGGUUGUUCCUAUUCUUCGCCUUCUUUGUGAUGGUGAUGACCAUUUUUGUCUACUUUUUCUUGCCGGAGACAAAGGGUAUCCCAAUUGAAGAGAUGAACAGAGUAUGGAAGACCCACUGGUACUGGUCCAGAUUCGUGAGCGAUGAUGAUUACCCUAACGUCGAGAUGAGCAAGGGAGGCCGGGCUAUCAAAAAUGUGUAAUGGGAGUGGGGGGACCUUGCUUUAGGUUUCCUCUCUUUUUAUGUGGUAGCAAAAUACAUAUUAGUUUGGUUAUUUAUCAAUGUCCCGGUUUAUAUUAUUUGGAGCACACCGCAAUUCUGUAAUGACCAUUUGUUUUGAGGCUUAUAUUGCAUUGCACAGAUGGUUCUUUAGUUUC